AUCAGUGCAGAGUGUGUGUCAGGCUGUGUAUGUCCUGAUGGUCUGCUGUCUGAUGGAAACGGAGGAUGCAUCAAGGAAGACCUAUGUCCCUGUUCUCACAAUGGAGUCUACUACCAACCUGGACAUGUGCUCAAAGUAGACUGCAAUACCUGCACUUGCGAAGGCAGAAAAUGGCAGUGUACCAAUAAGCAGUGUGAUGGGAUGUGUGCCAUAUAUGGAGAUGGGCAUUUCAUCACUUUUGAUGAGAAAAGGUUCACUUUCAAUGGAGAUUGUGAAUACAUUCUUACUCAGGACUACUGCAGCAACAAUCCAAACGGUACCUUUAGAGUGAUCACAGAGAACAUUCCCUGUGGAACCACCGGCACCACCUGUUCCAAGGCCAUCAAGCUCUUCUUGGGGGUAGGAACUACUGUUCAUAAACAGCUUCAGACAUGCAUUAAGG